GUAAUAGUAAUAUUUCUGGAUGCAGACACCAUCGCCAUUUUCGUUCGUGCUCAAAACGCGGGUGUGAUCAUCCGUUGUGGCGAGGAGGAGACAAUAUUCGAGAAUUUCGAAGCUUCGCCAACGAAUAGAGCCGUGAUGGAUUGCACAGGGAAGCUUGUCCGCUCGUUUCCCGGUCCUGCAAUUUCCAUCCGAAACAACAUUAUGCAGGAUCUGGAUUUUCUAGAAGAAUUGGCCACAUUCCUAACUGAGAUGAAUGCUGAUGAUGAGGACAUGAUGGACGAUGAUCAUUUGCGCGAAGAGAACAGAAUGGAUGGCGAUCAACCACAGGAAGAGGACACAAUGGGGAAGCGCUCAUUCGCGGACACAACUCAUCCGAAGUACAUCACUGAAUUGCUGACUGGGAUACUGCGUGGACUAGGGGAGCCUGCUAACAUUCCUCGCAUCCAGAAGAGGACAUCGAACGAUGUUCUGCGGAGAAGAACUGCUUCUGUCCCAAGGCGGCGCAGCUCCCUCUGGCUCGUUGUUCGCGUCGCGUUGCAAACUACGAUUCAUCGAGGCACUUCGAACAUGAAAGAAUACAAGGCCUUUAUGGUACUCCUUCUAGCCGAGAUCCUGCGGAGCGGUCUUGAGAAGUGUUUACCAGGACAUAUCCUUUAUUGCAUGCGGACCAAACUUAGCCGUCGACUCUUUAAAAUCCGAUCAUGGGCAGCCCCGUCUCUGACCACAUUUGUCCACGAGGUU